AACGUGUCGGUUUUUUUUGCCAAAUAUUUUAAACCAUGCAUGGAAACAUGGCUUAAUUUAGACCUGUCAGUGUUAUUUACAUUUUAGGCUCUGUCUGUAGUUUUAUUUAUUUUAAUUUUAUAACAUGGUCCCCCAGUUGUAUGCGACCACGAAGCAGUCUUUACAUUGUACGAGUAACAGGGAUUUUGUUACAGAUAUAACUGUAGCAGUUCAAAGUGACUGCCUUUUUAAACAUUUCAAUUUAAUUAAUCUUCUAUAUGCACACAACUUGACUUGUAACUUGCUUGAUUCUUGCAAGAAUGAGAAUUAAGUUAAGACUUCAGACUUGCAUAUUAUGUGUGACUUACGUCAUCACUUAUGUAUUUACUGAUUUUAUAGGCUAUUACUGUUCAGGAGGGGCCGUGUCUCCAAUACCCUCAGAUGGAGUAACGGGGGACAUAUGUCCAGUUGGACACUACUGUCCCAUGGGCUCAGCUUCUCCUGUACUCUGCCCUGAUGGAACUUACUCAAACACAACAGGGGCGGACGUGUGCAAUGACUGUUUCUCAGGAACAUACUGUCUGUCAGGAGAAGGUGUCCAGCCCUGUCCAGCAGGUCACUACUGUGUUGGUGGUGGUGUUGAGGGCAUCCUACCUUGCCCUCCUGGCACAUACAGCUCUCAGAUUGGCCUCAGCCAAGUAGAGCAAUGCCUCAUUUGUCCAGCAGGGUUCUACUGUGAGGACUGGGGUCUGUUUGAGCCAACUGGACCCUGUCAGGCUGGUUAUUACUGCAUAGCAGGUGUAAAUUUUCAGAACCCUGAUGGCAACUUCAGCACUGGGAUAGGAGGUGCAUGUCCAAAAGGAAGUUACUGUCCUGAGGGAAACACUCUCCCUCUGCCAUGUCCACCAGGGACCUACUCCAACAGUCUUCAUUUGACAGACGUCUCUGAGUGUAUUCCAUGUCCAGCGGGUCACUUCUGUGGUACUGCAGGUCUUACUCAUCCAUCUGGUCUGUGUGAAGCUCGAUACUACUGUUCAGGGGGAGAUAAAACAGCUACAGGCUCAGAAGGGGGUCAUUGCCCACCAGCUCAUUACUGCCCAGAGGGCAGCUCUAGCCCAGUGCCUUGUCCAGCUGGAACCUACACCAACCUCACUGGACAAUUUAUGUGUUCCCGCUGUCCUGCUGGAUACUACUGUCCAGAGAAGACUGGGAACUUCUUCAUGUACCCCUGUCCCCCUGGAUUUUACUGCCCUGAUGGUACAAGGCAUGCCACCCAAUUUCCUUGCCCUCGUGGAUACUACAACCCAGAACGCAUGACUCAAAGUCUGGACAGUUGUCUGCCUUGCCCUCCAGGACAUUUCUGUGAGAAGGAGAGGCUGACCAAAGUGUCUGGAAAAUGCAAGGCUGGUUGGUUCUGUGUGUCAGCAGCAUGGAACUCUCAGCCUUUUGAUCUGGACAAUUACACAAACGCAAACUGUUUAUGUCCAGCUACCUCCACUGGGGGGCGCUGCCAGGUUGGCUUUUACUGCCCUCUUGGUAGCUCAGAGCCUCUGCCUUGUCUACCUGGAACCUUCUGUAACAUCUCAGGUUUGGCUCUUCCAAUGGGUCCCUGUUCCCCUGGGUUUUACUGUGUGGGAGGAGCCACUAAGGCCAGACCAACAGAUGAAGAAACAGGCAACAUUUGUCCAUCUGGGACAUACUGUGACGAGGGCUCAGCAGAACCAGAGUUGUGUCCAGCUGGUACUUUCUCACCAGUGCCAGGUCAAACCAGUGAGGCUGGCUGUCAGCCAUGUAUUGCUGGCUUCUACUGUGAAGGAGCAGGUCUGCGGGCUCCAACUGGACCCUGCAGCCAAGGCUACUGGUGUCCUCCUGGUCAGGCUACUGCCACAGCUCUGCCCUGUCCUGCUGGCCACUUCUGCCCUCAGGCCAGUGCAGCUCCAAAGCCCUGCCCACCAGGAACUUACCAGGAUAGAGAGAAACAGGAAGCCUGCACUGUCUGUGAGGCAGGUUACUACUGUGAUUUGAGGCUGGGUCUAGCCAAUGCCUCUUUGCUGAGGCCAUGCCCUACAGGGCACUACUGCCCUGCAGGUACUGCUCUGCCUGACCAACACCCCUGCCCUAUAGGCACCUUCAACCCAAGACGGCGCACACACAGCCCAGCAGGCUGCAUGCCCUGUGCUGCUGGACAGUAUUGUCCUUCUGUGGGACUGUCUGAGCCUGCAGGACCAUGCAAUGCUGGUCAUUGGUGCAGAGAGAGAGCAUCUUCUCCCAGCCCACUGGAUGGAAACUCAGGUUCACUGUGUCCGCCUGGUCAAUACUGUCCCUCAGGCACCACUGCUCCCUUGGCUUGCCCUCAAGGAACCUGGUCAAACAGCUCAGGUGUGCACCGCCAGGAGGACUGCACGCCCUGUCCGGGGGGAUUUUACUGUGACUCUGCUGCACUCACUAAACCUAGAGGACCCUGCUCUGAGGGCUAUUACUGUGUAGAGGGAGCUGUUACAUCCACCCCCACUGACGGAAUUACUGGGGGACCUUGUCCCGAGGGUUACUUCUGCCCAGAGGGAACUGUUAAUGCUGUGCCCUGUAAUCCAGGGACUUAUGCUGCUGUUACACAUGCCACUCGGUGUGAACCCUGUGAGGCGGGCUGGUAUUGUGUGUCUGGCACUCUGUACCUGUGUCCUGCAGGAUUCUACUGCCCAGAAGGAACUGGGUUUGACUUGAGAGCCUGUCCAGAGGGAACCUACGGUCCGGAUCCAGGCUCCUGGUCUGUCUCUCAGUGCAGGCAGUGUGACGGUGGCCAUUACUGCUCUUCCAGAAAUGGCACCGCUGUCACUGGACCAUGUCAGGAAGGAUAUUACUGCCCACAUGGAAACACCUCUCCACGACCUGUCUCACAGGCUGCAGGAAUUGGAGGACCAUGUCCUGUCGGUCAUUACUGCCCUAAGGCCACCAUCCAUCCUCUGCCCUGUCCACAUGGAACAUUCUCUAACCUUACCAAAUUAAUCUCCCAGGAGAAUUGCCAACCAUGUCUCCCUGGUUACUACUGCAAUACCAUGGGGCUCUCGGCACCAUCAGGAGAAUGCUUAGAGGGUUUCUUUUGUUUGGGAGGUGCAGAUCGUCCUGACCCUCCUCUGAGAGACAGCCAUGGAGGACCGUGCCCAAAAGGUUAUUACUGUUCUGAAGGCUCAGUGACUCCUCAGCUGUGCCCCCAGGGAACCAUCAGUAAAGAGGACGGCCGAGCCAGCUGCAGUGCCUGUCCCCAGGGUUUUUAUUGCCCUGGCAGUGGUAAUGGCUCCUCAUCAGAGAGUGAUGAAUGUCCAGCGGGUCAUUACUGCCCGUCUGGGACCUGGUCCAAACACCAGUACCCGUGUCCGCCUGGAUCCAUCAACCCUCACACUAGGAUGACAACUCACCAGGACUGCCUGCCCUGCCCUCCAGGCUUCUUCUGUGCGUCCCCUGGGAAGGGAGUCGUAUCAGGCCAGUGUAGUGCUGGCUAUUACUGCAUCUCUGGGGCCAGGUUGUCCACACCCGAGGAUGGAGGGAUAACUGGCGACAGAUGUCCUGAAGGUCAUUACUGUCCCCAGGGCUGCUCUGUACCGCUGCCCUGUCCCAUAGGGUAUUACAGCAACAAUACCAGGAAUGUUCAUGUCUCCAGCUGCCUACCUUGUCCUCCUGGCUUCCUGUGUGUCACCAGAGGGCUCUCUUCCCCUUCUCAUAUCUGCCACGCUGGUUCUUACUGUCCAGGAAGAAAUGACAGCAGUCGGCCGGCCUCUUUACCCUGCUCACCUGGAAACAUGUGCCCACCUGGAACAGAUAGGCAGGUUCCCUGCUUACCAGGAACCUACCAGGAUUUACCAGGACAGGCAGAGUGUGUUAAAUGCCCAGCAGGGUUUUACUGUCCCGGUUUAGUGAAUGAUGACACUGGGGAUGUGUCAGGGACUCAGACUCCCACGCUGUGUCCUAAGGGACACUAUUGCCCAGCAGGAACGCAGUCUGGUGUUAUAUUUCCAUGCCCAGCUGGUGCCUUCAGCAGGCAGAUGGGGUUGUCCAAUAAGUCGGGUUGUGAGCUCUGUUCUCCAGGGAGGUACUGCAGUUCUCCCGGACUGGCUUCUCCAACUGGGGUCUGCUCCCCUGGUUACAUCUGUGUCCAUGGUUCUGUUUCUGCCCAGCCAGUAGAGGGCACAACAGGAGGCCGUUGCUCUGCUGGGUUCUACUGCCCCCAGGGCACCAGCUACAUGGUUCCCUGCCCUGCAGGCACUUUCAGCUCUGUGCAAGGGGCUGUUUCCAUAGAAGCCUGUCAGCCCUGUUUGUCUGGUCAUUACUGUGCCAAAGUUGGCCUUUCCUCCCCAUGUGGGCUUUGCAACCCUGGCUUUUAUUGCACAGAGGGAUCCAUGACCGCCACACCCAGGGGUAAUAUCACAGUUUCAGGAGAUCUCACAGCUUCAGCUCCACUUCCUGCCAAUUCAGUCCUGGGUCAGUUCCAUGGUGAUGUGUGUCCUGCGGGCCACUAUUGUCCUAGAGGGAGUGCAAAGCCAAGCCCCUGUCCUCCAGGUACUUUCUUGGGGAAAUCUGCAGCUGAGUCAGAAGCGGACUGCGAGGCUUGUUACCCUGGUUCUUUCUGCCCCUCGUGGGCCCAGAUUUCUGCUGAACUCCUCUGCCCCCCUGGGUGGUUCUGUCCACCACGAUCAGUGUCUGGACGUCAGCCAGGAUAUCAGUGCCCACCUGGCUAUGCAUGUCCAUAUGGUAGUGCUAUCCCAUCCAUCUGUAGCCCUGGUACAUUUCAAGCUUCACCUGGACAGUCAACUUGUAACAUCUGCCCACCAGGUUUCUACUGUAUGGAAGGUUCAACUGAGCCUUUGCCCUGUCCUGUGGGCCAUUUCAGUUCAUCAGCUGGCAGGAAGUCCCCCAGUGACUGCUAUCCCUGCCCCCCUGGCUCCUUCUGUAACAGCAGUGCUCUGACUGAGCCUUCUGGGCUUUGCCAACCAGGACACUUUUGCUCCCUAGGGUCCACUGAGUCUUCUCCUGUUUCCCAGCCUCAUGGAGAUGUUUGUCCAAUGGGACACUUCUGCCCUCAGGGUAGCGGGUCACCAAAACCCUGUCCUAUUGGCAGCUUUCUCCCAGUGCCAGGAUCUCUCUUCCUAUCUCACUGCCGCCCUUGCCCCCCAGGAAAAUAUUGCCUCAGGCCUGGAGCCUUGCAGCCCACAGGUCUGUGUUUUGCAGGCUUCUUCUGCUCUGGAGGUGCAGAUAGUCCCUCACCUCGAGCCAACUCCUCCCUGUUCGGCUGUCUUCAUGAAAUACUGAGGGCUUUCACCAUGAAGACAGACACUGCCGCCUGGGCGCACAAUCUGUCAUUCUUCAAUAAUUCUAGUAAUUUUGGACAUGCUGGGUGGAUUGAAGUGGAAACGGUGCCACAGGCAGAUUCAGACCAUACUGUGGCUCGCUCACUGCCAUGUGUUAAGAGUGCACAGUAUGCAUGUUCCACUUACAGGGGAGAUAUAUGCCCUAAGGGUUUCUUUUGUCCGCUGGGCUCUGCCUUUCCUCAGCUCUGUGAGGCUGGCUCUUAUUGUAACCAGACCGGUCUGGAUGCCCCAGUCGGGCCCUGUGUUGCAGGAUAUUACUGCCCCAAAGGCUCUGUAGGCCCCCAUGACACCCCUUGCCCUACUGGACACUACUGCCCACUUGGGGCACCUCUUCCUGUUCCCUGCCCUCUUGGAACAUUUAAAGGUUCUCUUGGUGGUUCUACAGUAGAAGCUUGCCAAGUGUGUCUUCCAGGUCACUACUGUCACCAGAGCGGUAAAGCUGAGCCAAGUGGGCAGUGUGCAGAAGGCUAUUACUGUCCUGAGGGACAGAGCUCUGCAAAACCACAGCAUCACAUGUGCUCAGAGGGACAUUACUGUGAGAAGGGUAGUGUCAGGCAGACAGCCUGCCUUCCGGGCAGCUACCAGCUCAGACAAGGUCAGAGCAAGUGUGAGGCAUGUCCGCCUGGUUUCUACUGUCACCAUCAAGGAAUGACUCAUCCAGCUCUCUGUGAGAGAGGAUUUUAUUGUCCGAGUGGAUCAGCAAAUCAGCAUCCCUGUCCAGCAGGGACUUAUGGAAACGCGUCAGGACUGCUUGAAGGAUGGCAAUGCUCAACAUGUGACCCUGGGAUGUACUGUAAAGGAACCGGGAGGACUUUCCCCAGUGGGCUGUGUGCCGCAGGCUUUAUUUGUGUUGGAAGAGCCUCUGAAGCUGCACCAUCAGAUAAUCUUACUGGAUACCCGUGCCCUCCUGGGUUCUACUGCUCUGUUGGAACCUCUGUGCCCAAACCAUGCCCAAAAGGAACAUUCAGCGAGCAGAGUGGGCUUGUAGAUGAGGCACAGUGUCGUCGCUGCAGUGCUGGCUCCUACUGUUCAGAGACUGGCCUUUCUGCAGUGUCUGGACCCUGCCUUUCAGGUUUCUACUGUUUAGAGGGAUCCCACUCUCCCAGUCCAGUGCCGAGUGAGUCUGGAAGUGUUUGUCCUGCAGGCCAUUAUUGUGAAGAGGGCAGCAGUGUUCCUACACCCUGCCCUGCUGGGUCUUACCAAAAUGAAACUGGUGGAAAAGGCAAAGAUGACUGCAAACAAUGCCCCCUUGGCUGGUUCCAGAAUUUAUUAGGUCAGAAAGAGUGCAAUCUCUGUCCACCUGGCUUUGACUGUACCAGCCCCACCAAGGAGAGGGCCAAUGGUGUCUCCAUCCCUCUGCUCUGCCCAGCUGGUUACAUCUGUCCAGGGGAAAAUCCAGGCCAUCAGUCGAUUCCCUGCCCCAAAGGCACCUACAGUCCUAACCGGGGUCUCUCCACCAUUGGUGAGUGUCUAGUGUGUCCAGCUGGUCAGUUCUGUGGGUCUGAAGGUUUGGUUGAGCCCUCUGGGCCAUGUGCUGCUGGCUUUCUCUGUCUGAUGGGAUCCACGGUGUCGAACCCUACUGACAACAUAACUGGAUCUCUCUGUCCACCUGGGAUUUUCUGCAAAGAGGGGCAAAAAGCGGGUGAUUGCUGGGCAGGAUUUUACUGUGGCUGGGGCUCUAGUAGAGCUGAUCAGGCUCUUUGUCCAGCAGGUUUCUUCUGCCCAAGUAGAACACCAGCCCCUGUUCCUUGUCCUGCAGGAACAUUUAGCUCAGCAGAAGGGAAGACACACCAGGACAACUGCACCACCUGCACCCCAGGAUAUUACUGUCAAGAUGAAGGUACAGUACGGCCUGCCCUUUGUCCUCGGGGAUACUACUGUCCUCCAGGACUGACUCUAGGACUGGAGUUUCCAUGCCCACCUGGCACAUUGCAGAGUCAGCUCGGCGCCUCCGGUCCUGAUGCCUGUCUGGCUUGCCCUGCCGGCAUGUUCUGCUCUCAGUCUGGACUGUCCCAGCCCACAGGACUCUGUGAAGCUGGAUACUACUGUCCUGCUGGUUCAAGCAGCCCAAACUCAACUGAGGGGAAUUCUACCGGGAGUCAUCUUUGUCCUUCUGGUCAUUACUGCCCCUCUGGCACAGGUUAUCCACUCCCCUGCCCCACAGGCUCACUUUCCAUUUCUCUAGGACUGAGUGAAGUUGGUGAAUGCCCACCUUGCCCUCCUGGACUGUUUUGUGACAAACCUGCAAUAACCGACUUCUCAGAUGCUCUCCCAUGUCAUGCUGGUUACGUGUGCCUGGGUGGCAGCUCCAGUCCCAUUCCCUCAAAUGGUUUCCAUGGCUACCUCUGUCCUGCUGGCCACAGUUGUACCGUUGGUUCGGCGAGUGAGGUUCCAUGUGAGCCUGGCACUUACAGUCCUGCCCCUGGAGCAGCCCACUGCACAAUAUGCCCCCAAGGGACUAUGUGUCCCUCCUCAGCCACUCAAGAGCCCUCUGUCUGUGCAAGUGGUCAUUUCUGUCCUGCUGGUACAGCUUUGCCUCAACCCUGUCCUCCAGGGACUUUCAACAACCAGACAGGGGCGCAAUCUCUCACUGUUUGCACCCCCUGUCCCUCUGGAGUGUUCUGUAGCUCAUAUGGAGCAUCAAUACCACAAGGUCCUUGUUUGCAGGGUUAUUUCUGCCAAGGUGGGGCCGCAGGACCAACACCACAGAAUUCUGACAAUAUUACCUUCAAUGGCCCUUGCCCUGUUGGCCACUACUGUCCAGCAGGAUGCCUCUCCCCAGUUCCCUGCCCUCUCGGCAGUAUUCGCAACACCGUUGGAGGUGUGUCCAUAGAGGGCUGCUUUGCCUGUCCUGCAGGUCACUAUUGCUCCACUGAGGGUUUGGACAAACCUAGUGGUCCCUGUGCUGCUGGUUUCUACUGCCCCUAUGACUUCUCUUCAACCACUCCAUACGCUUUCCUCUGUCCCAAGGGCCACUACUGUCUAGAAGGUUCUGCCCUGGCCUUGCCUUGUCCCACAGGAGAAUAUCAGCCAAAUCCAGGCUCAGAUAGUUGUAUCCCCUGCCGUCCUGGGUUCUACUGUGAGGAGGCUGUAGUGGGGGAACCAUGGCCCUGCCCGCCACACUCGUUCUGCCCUGCAGGGACCAUGGUGCCACAGCCCUGCCCCAAAGGGACAUACACUCUUCCAAACCAGGGAGGACUUCAGGACAAGCAUGAGUGUUUAUCAUGUCCAUCAGGGCUGUUCUGCAGGUCUGGCAGAAUCCAGUUUAAGUGUGCUGCAGGGUAUCUUUGCGUUUCUGGGAGCGCAGAUUUCACCCCUCAAGGACCAGUGUAUAACUCGACCCAGUGUCAGUGGGGCAUGCAAUGUGCUGGACCAUGCCCACCAGGGUUCUAUUGUCCCGAGGGCACGGAGACACCACAGGUGUGCCCUGCAAAUACUGUCAGAAGCUCCCCGGGAGGUGCCAGCCUACAGGACUGCUUACCCUGCCCACCUAAAUACUGGUGUAAACCUGGAGAUCCAGUUCUUCAUCCGUGUCCUGCUGGUCAUUACUGUGAUGGUCUUUUUGACAGUAACUUCAGUGACGGACCCAAGCCAUGUCCUCUGUACACCUAUCAAGCUUCCCCUGGAGCAGGCAGCAAGGGUGACUGCCUGCCCUGUCCUCCUGGUUCACACUGUAACAGCACAGGGCUUAGAGACUUCUCCAACAGUCUUUGCCCUCCGGGUUACUGGUGCAGUGGGUCUGGUCCUCCCAUCUACUGCCCUGCGGGUGCAAAGAGGUCCCACCCUGGAGCUGCCACACCCACACAGUGUGAACCCUGUGCAGGGGGGACCUACUGCCCUGACCCACGGGCUACAGGGACGCCAAAUGUGGAGGGACUCCCUUGCAGGGCCUCCUAUCAGUGUCCCAUAGGUGCAGUCUCAGAGAUGCUGUGCAGAGCUGGCUCAUACUGUGGACCUCAGACUGCGGACCCACAAGUUUGUCCUGAGGGUUAUUUUUGUCCUGAAGGAUCUCAUUCCUACAACACCCCUAAACAACUCUGUCCCUUCCCCUACUACUGCCCAGCCAACAGCUCUGCUAUGAAGUCCUGUGAAGGGGGUUUAAUGCCUGUCAACACCAGUGGGCUCCGAGGAUCCAAAAACAGCUGCUGUAGUGUGUGUGAGGGAGGCACUUAUCGUCAUCAUCUCUCCCCCGUCCCACAAUGCCUCCGAUGUCCAGCGGGAUACUUCUGCCCCCCAGGAUCUGACCACUACAAAAGUAAUCACUGCCCUUUUGGGUAUGUUUGUCCCAUUGGAUCCUCUGAAGCAAUACCCUGCCCCCCUGGCUUCUUUGGUAACCUCACUCGUGGUAAGACACUGAGCGACUGUUUCCCAUGUCCAGCUGGCACCUUCAACCACCUGUCAGCCCAGAGGGCCUGUUUUCCCUGUGGCAGCUCAUCUACCUCACCAGCCGGUUCUUCUACUUGUACCUGCAUUGGUAAGAACCGAGCAUUCCAGCACUCUGAUGGUUCGUGUUUAUGUAGAACUGGAUUUAUCUUCUACAAUGAGCUGGAUUUCAAAAGCUCCACUACUGACAGUGAAUUGGACUGUCAGCCUGAGGUGAACACACGAUGUGCCACAGGACAGGUACGUCUGGCAGCAUCUAGAGAGUGUGUGUCCCCUUCCCUCUACUCCUGUAAUAUCACCUGUGGACCACUUGGAGGAACUCUGGAUGUGGAGAUGGGAAUUUGCCACUGUGAGGGAUAUGUGUCAGCCGAGGAGCUCUGUAAUACUUCCUGCCUUUCACGGCUGCCUCAGCUCACUGCCCAGCUCUCACCAGAUGGAAACUUGCUGCUCAGCUUGAAAGAAAGGAACAGCAUGAUCUGGGCAAGGACUGUAAAGGACGUUUUAGGACCAGAUAUCCAUGCUAGGAACUUUGGGAAAAUUCAUUUGGUCCAGUUUGACUCUAAAGGAGUAUUUGGUUGGAUUCCAACACAGAAGGAGCUUAUCAAUCACUUUCUGUCAGAACCAACAGAACUCCUAAAUACACGACCCAGAAAGAGGAGACACACAGGGGAUGAUGAUGAUGAUGGUGGCAUCCCAGCUGUUCUUCCUCGAAUUCCCAACCCCAUUGCUUGUCUUUCCUCUGGUGACAUGCUGAUUUUCCAUCUCACCAUCAACCACACUGAUCGUCAUUUGAGUCACUUCCCAGUGUAUAAACAAGACCACCUAUUUAAUAGUAACCCCAGCUGGGACUUUGGUGCCUUCAGACAUUUGCAGAUACUCAUGAGGCAGACACAUUUCAACUCUACAAGGUUUGCUCACGUGUUUUCAGAGACGGGGAAGUACGUGUUUGUAGACAGUGCUGUCCCAGAGUGGAGUAUGGUGGUGGUGGUCAGUGAGGAAGGGACAUGUGAUCCGAGAACGUCUGUGUUCCAGCCCAUGACCCCGGCACAGCUGGUCAGAUUCGGGAUCAUCAAGCAGCACAGACUCAACCUUCUACCCAAUUGGGGAGUAAUAGUGGGGGUUCUGAUUCUGCUGCUUGUUGUGGUUGUGGUUCUGACCACCACAGUGUUAGUGUUACGACCCAGCAAAGCAAAGCUAAUCUGUCAUUGGAAGAUGAAGCCAAAGUGGCGGAGCCUGGGGGGGCCCUUCUGUCCAGUGGAAUGUGUUUGCAGUGGAGACAGCAUAGCUGUGCCAAGGAUAGGUGGUGCCCUUGGCAGUAGGGGUGUAGGAGAAGGUGCAGAAGCUGAGGAGCCUGCUAUUUUAAGGGGAGGAAGUAUAUCGGGGAACAUUGAUUUAGAGGAGUUCAAUGUGAAAACACUAUAUGACAAAUUAGAGGAUCAGAACCUCCACAUAGCCUCUCAACUGGCCCGACACCGCAAAGAUACACAGGAGUUCUUCAGAAACAUUUGUCACCAGACUGAAACACUCAAGAAUGUCUUUGAGAAUAUGGAUCAUAAAAAACUGAGUCUGCUUAAAGAGCUGCUAGUCCACAAUGCAAUGAGAGAUAAACCAUCCAGCAGCAGUGCAGAGGAGAGAGAUACGAAAGCCAAGGCCUGGACAGUGUUACUGGAAAGCGUUCUCAGGUCUGUGGAAGCACUCCUCUGUAGGCUGACAGGAGACGUUUGGCAGAGCCAGGAUUUGACAGGUCUCCCAUGUGGUCGUACUGGUCAUCAGGAUGCCAGGGAGUGUGAACCACAAGCUGGAUACACACAGCCAUGUGACACCAACAUGUGUUACACACAGUUUUCAUUGAUGAAUAUUAACAAAGAGGAAGCUCUUCUGCCUGAGCCAGUCCAACAGAGUGCAGGUCCUUGCCUUAGUGACCAUGACCUUUCCAAGCUGGUCAGCAUAUCUCCGCUGUUCAAAACCCUGCAAGAGAUCCAGCAGUCUCUACAGUGUAUUGCCUCAGCUAAGCUGAGUCAGCAUCUCGACAAUGCUUCAGAGCAGUGUGUCCAGGAGAACUAUGACGGCCAGCUCAUCCCGACUGCACUGGACAACCUCUCACCUCAACAUGCUGCUGUUUUCCUGUUUGGUUGUCAGGUGAUGCAGUUACUUGAAAACUGCCCUCUGUUCCCUCCUGUGCUUUUGCUACUGGCAAAGUCAGUCCCUGUAUCUUCAUCCUCCUGUAAUGAGGCUAUGCUGGCUCACUGCUCCGGGGAUUUUUAUUUUGAUGAGACCAAUCAAAUCCUGUAUCUGUCAGAGGCAAAGCUUCAGCAUGUGGGACAUUUUAUUGCCAUCAUCCUUCAGGCCAUGGCUCACAUAGUGUCAGAAUCCAAACCCCACAUCUUUAUACAAGCACUUCACGAAGCAGUUUCAGCUCUUAGCCUUUAUCUGUUCAACUUAUCUUUUAAAUGGAGCACAGAAGAGUCAAAUUUUAAUGCUAUGGAUUGUCAGCACAGUACCUUGGUUAAAGAAUUUCUCAGCAUCAGAGUUCCCACUGAGCCACAUUUCACUGAGCACCUGUUAGCAAGCAGACUUGAGAAGUACAAAUAUUUUAAGCUACAGCAGCUCAUCUCCGUUCAAAGGAGUUCAGCUGAAGAUACAUACACAGGUUUACCACCAAGAGGAACGCCAACACAGAUAUCCUGUAUAGAGGAAGAAAUUGACCGCUUGAAUGAGUGUUUUUUGCAGCUGAGCAUGCAACUACAGAAAACAGCUGAAAUGAACAGAUGGAAAAGGGAGAGAGAAAUGAGUCCUGGGAAACAUUCUGCGAGGGCAACACCAAAAGGCAUGCCAAGCCUGAGUCGUAAUGGAACAAUCCUGCUGGAACUGAAGAGGCAGUAUCUAUCACAACGCCUCAAUGAGCUCCAAACCACAUUGAGACAGAUCAGACAGCGUCCGCAGAAUGGCAGCGAGUCUAUGACGGGACAAGAGGCUGUAAGCAAGUGGCACAUCUCAACAGGUAGAGAGUAUUCUCCUGACAAAAGUGGUCAUAGUUCCACUGACGGCCAGCAGGCGGAUAGUGUUCUAGCUAGCCAAAGUCAAAGUGAAGGACUUGGUGCCUCUCAACUGGAGAGUCAUAUUUCAGACCAUCAGAGUGGUUUCGGCCUGAUUAACAACCCUGAAACAUCACUGGACUGCCAGAUGCUAGAGAGCCCAGGUCACCUCCAUACUAAUGUUGCAGAAAAAGAGGAGCUCAACAGUCAGAUUACAAUUGACAAUACGACAGAUACUGACAAUAUAUUGAAAAACUAGAUCUGAAUAUGGAUACAUGCUAAAAGAAUCAGUCCAAUAUUUUUAUAUUCUAUUCUCUGCCUAAAAUAGGUAUAGGUUAUUUGUGCACACAACACUUCAAACA